AUGUCCACUCGUUUACUUAGAUCCAAACAAUUCAAAUCUGAAAAGAAUUUGAAAAACAUAGUUAUUUCAGGACCAUUGACCUCGUAUGACCAAAUACAAUUAGCUAAAAGGAUAAAUGACAAUAUCAAGAUUGAAUCUAAACAAAAAACAACAUCGCACAAGAGACAGAUUAUCUUGAUUUCAAAGUACAAGUUUGAAGCGGCAAAUGACCGUGAGCUAUCUAUAAAACCAAAGAAGCUUUACAAAUUGUUGAACAAAUUAGGUAACGGUUGGUUGGAAGUAUGUGACUUGGAGGACUUUUCUAAUGUGGGACUUGUACCUGCUUCGUAUAUGGAGAUUGCCAUGAACGAUGUAUUAGAUCCUGUUACGUUGGAGUGGCUCCACUCUUAUAAUCGUAAGACACCGUCACAGUCACGCCAUGCAUCCAACAACAACAACAACAAUAAUAAUAAUAAUAAUAAUAGUCAUUAUGAUGAUGAUGAUGUUGAUGAUGUUGAUGAAUAUCCAAUAGACUGCUUAAUUGAUGAGAUUUACCAGGAUUUGGACACUAAACAGAUCUGGUAUUGCAUCAAAGUGCAGUACGAAUCAAAAAUCAUUUAUGCAGGAAAAACGUAUCUUGAGUUUGCAACUUUUGAUAAACAGGUACAAGAGGCUCAUUGUCGAGAUUUCGACAUACCAAAACUACCAAAAACAGAAGAUCCCAAUCCCGCUAAACUCAACUCUACAAUUAUUAGCCACUUGAAAAAGCUUUGCACUGAGCUAAACACAUAUUUCAAGGAAAUUAUAGCUUUAACAACAACUUUACAAAAUAGCCAAAUCAAACUUCAAUUGAAUAAUUUUAUUACUUGUACCGACAAAUUGCUUGAAUCAUUAGAUGAUGAUACUCCAUCAUUAAACAUUGCACGUCACCUAUCGCUAAACUCAAAGUUAAUUGAUUCUACAUCAUCCUCGUUAUACGUGCAACCACAGCAGUCUCUGUCUCGACCUCAACACCAAAGCAGAUCCAAUUUUACAUACUCCAAAACCGAGCCACUACUACCAGUUCCCCAAAGCCCUCAUGACAGUUAUUCUACCACAAACUAUUCUCCAAAGUCGACCACUGCUUUAGGAAGUAUCAGCCCACCAGUUAUAUCACCAUCAAUUAAACGACAAUCACACACUUUGAGAAGUAGAAACCUGAAACUUGCUGUUGAGCUUAACAAACAUUCAGAGUUGUAUAAUUAUUCCACAGAGCAAUCAUCCCCUGUUGUUACUAGCCAACUGUCUGAUUCUGCUCGAUCAUCAGCUGUAAAAUCAAUUGUGACUUCUGAAAGCUCAAACACAUUAAUAAGCUACUCUUCAUUGCUAGAUGGGUAUAACGAGCAAUCUUUAGAGGAAGAAAAAUUUGAGUUUAGUGAUGAAUCAUUAUGCAAUAAUGAUGAGAAAGAGAUCUCACCUGAAAGUUUUGACAACUUUUAUUCUCAACCAAACUCAACACCAGCUUCAUCAUCAAGCAAUGAGGUAUUCCUUGAAGCUAAAGAUAGUUCCCCAUUAGAUGAAAAUUUGCAGCAAGCAUUAUCACAACAGCGCCUACACCCUUACCGCCAUCAACUACUCCUGAACUCCAAGUCACUUCGACACAACUCUAUACAAAGUGAAAUGGAAAGUUGCUUUGACUUUAGUGACCAUAACAAUAACAACACCAACACCAACAACAUCAUCAAUAAUAAUAAUAAUAAUAACAAUAAUAACAAUAAUAAUAGUAACAACGGCAGUGGUGGACAAUUCUCCAGUCCUUCAACACCAUCAACUCCAAUGACACCAAUGAAUAUGCACGAGGGAGUAUUUGCGGGAGAGAAACCAUCAUUCGGCCGCGGUACUUUUAUGGCAUCACCAAUCUCAUCAUCUCUUUCACCUUCACCUAGGACCGUGAAGUCACGAAGAAGCUCAAAUUACUUUUCACCGCAUUCUUCAGUUUUUUCGUUCAAAAAUAAUGUUCAAUUGUCUUCAAAUAAUGCCGCGGUUACUAAAACAUCAUCUUCUUUGCCUACCAUUACUUCGAUAUCUACACUAGAUGAGAUUGACGAGCUAGAGUCUGCUGUUCAACCAUUGUCACUUAAUUAG